UUAUCUCGUGAUAAUAACACAUAAUAUCAAAUGAUACAUUAUCAGUAUCAAUAUACACCUGAGUAAAUUGCUUUACAGGCUAAAGGCAGUUUAAUUUUGCUAGAAAGUUAAUAAUGACAUAAAGCUUUUGUUCUGACAAAUAAAAUUACUGCAGAAGGGCAAAUUAUUUUGCUUUUUCAUCUUAUAUUAUAUUAAAGGAAAAGGUUACAAGACACCCUGUGUACAUAUAUGUUUUUUCUUUACAGUAAUUUUUCCAAAAAAUCGGAAAAUUCUGUUAAGGGAAUAUUAAAAGUACUUUUCUUUCACGACGGCUUUCGUCCGAUUUUUUACGAAAAUGGCCAAUAAUACAAGAGGCCUCCGCCCCCUGGUUCUCUGUGGGCCAUCUGGCACGGGUAAGAGCACCCUGUUGAAAAAACUCCUAGAGGAUUACCCCAACACUUUUGGGUUCAGUGUGAGUCACACGACCCGUCUGCCAAGACCAGGGGAAAUCGAUGGUAAACACUACCAUUUUACUACUGCAGAAAAGAUGAAACAGGAUAUCGAAGAGGGGAAAUUCAUUGAGAAUGCCACCUUUGGGGGUAACAUGUAUGGCACGAGCAAGGACGCAGUUAAAACUGUCCUCGACCAGGGAAAAGUUUGCGUACUGGACAUCGACGUGCAGGGGGUGAAACAAAUCAAAAAGACGGAUUUAAACCCUUUCUACGUGUUCAUUAAACCUCCAAAUUUGAACGUUUUGGAGGAGAGAUUGAGGCAAAGAAAGACAGAAACCGAAGAAACUUUGAAGAGGAGACUGAGUGUGGCAUCUCACGAAGUGCAGUAUGGGGAAGAGCCUGGAAAUUUUGACUUAGUAGUUCUUAAUGAUAAUUUGGAACAUGCUUAUGACCAACUUAAGAAAUUUGUCAAAAAUCAUGUUUUGAAUGGUAAACAAGGAAAAUAAAAGGCACAAGAAGGGAAUUAAAUGAAACAUGGUGUUUGUUCCUUUUUCCAAAGUAAAAUAAAAAAGAACAAAAGGUUUAUGUUAUGCUUGAAAAUAAUCCAAAAUUCUGAUGCAAAUUAAAUUAUUCUGAAAAUUGCAUUAUUGACAACAAAAUUUGUUG